AUGAGUGUCUAUAUGGCUCGGACAGGCGCCGGUAAGCGCAUAUGCUAUUCCAUCACACAGCCAUCAACUGACUCUGCCAGCGCUUCGACUGUCGCAGAGCCACCAGUGAACACAGCGAGUCGUACACCAGCCUCUGACAUAGUGCAUACGCUUGGACCCGGGUCCGGACGAACUGCAGAUGAUCAGGUACUCGCUGCUCGUACAGCAGAGACAGCGCUAGAGCCCUUUGCUAAUUUCUCACCUUUGUACGACACCAAUGCUGAGCUCCUGCCAUCCUAUGCUCCGGCUGAUGGAUGGGAACACUGGUCUGAUACUUUCGAAGCGACGCAAAUUCCCUGGGACGACUCCUUCGGCAAUGCUCAGGAUCUAAACUUCGCGCCGUCAGAGCACAUCCGCAGUGAAGAUCCUCUGCCUAUCGUUGAUCACAAAACGCCAGAGGUACUUCAAAACAGCCAGCAAGUCUCGCCCAACGAGGAUGCUGUCAGCACAUCACAUCUCGCAGAUACCCAAGGGAGUGAUUCAGCUGCAAAAUUGACACGGACACGGAGCCAGAUCCAAGCCGAACUGCCCGACGAUCCGUUCAGCGAAGUUGCUAGACAGUUGACGAGCAGACUGGGCCGCCUUCAGAUCGCUGAGGAUGGCAGGCCGAGAUACUAUGGCGCAACAAGCAAUCUACACCUUCUCCACGGUGGCUCAGACGCUUUGACUCAACCGAACAUUCGCCACGUCAUGAUACACGGCGAGGCAGCGAUCAUGAAGGCUGGACUUCAGUGGGACCGUGACGCAUCGUUCGAGGCACAUCUCAUGAGUCUCUUCUUCUCUUGGCACAACAGCUUGCAAUUCCCGGUCGACAAAGCCAUUUUCUUGCGUGAGCGUGAGAAGUACCAAGCUGGUCUGGACACAGAGUUGUACAGCCCUUCGCUUGAGAACGCAAUAUUGUGCAUUGGCGCGGCGUACACGGAUCGAAGUCAUGAUAGAAUCCAGGGACCAGUCGAUGAGUUCCUUGCGCUACGUGCCAAAGCCUUUCUCGAUAUUGAGAUAGACAGUCCCACGAUCGCCACUGUGCAAGCUCUACUUAUCUUGUCGUCCCACGAGGCAGCCCAUACAAGAGAGACGCGAGGCUGGAUCUACAUGGGGAUGGCGACACAGAUUGUUACAGACCUUGGCCUGCAUCUGGAUCUCGAGUCAGAGUAUUCCCGGUUAGGCGGUAUCGACGGACUAGAUGAUAUCAACAUCACCAGACGCAACGUCUUCUGGACCGUGAAAUCAACGGAUACCCUGUGGAGCGCUUAUAGCGGUAGGCCUUCUCUGACGAAGAACCUCGUUCAUGACCAGAAGGGCCCACUACCAUCUCGCACAUAUCAGUGGGAGCCAUACUUAGACCAGCACAGUACUAUCAAUUUUCCAGCAGGUUUCGACUUCCGGACGGCGGCUCAUGUUCAUGUAUACCUUGCAAGUCUGAUGCUCAUUCUCGGCCGAGUCUCUGAAGUCCUUUACUCCGGAGUGCCGGACAUCUCGAGCAACAUUCAGGAGUUUGUUCGGGAAGCUGAUGCGGACUUUCAGGAGUGGAUGAAAGAGCUACCGCCAAUGCUUCGGCUCGAUGACAAACAAGCAUUCCACGUGCAAAGUGUGCUCGAGUUGCAUCUGAUAUACCAUGAGUCGAUCAUUCUGCUUCACCGCCCACUCAUCACGCCUUUGGACAAUGUUGCUGGCGCUUCUCCCGCCGACAAGGAUGCUGCAGAGACUUCGCUGAACAUGUGUCUGGAAUCAGCAGAUGCGAUCUGCAAGAUCAUAGUGCUGUACAGGAAUCGCUAUGGCCUAAAGCGUCUACAUCACCAGAUGGUACACGCAGCAAUGACCGCAGCGCUCAUACACAUCUUCCAGUUGUGUAGCACCCCAUCAGGACAGAGGGAGGACCAGAAGGCGCAAGCUUCAUUCCUUACCUGCGUUCAGGCCCUGGGCGAGAUGGGUCAAACCUUCAAGUCUGCUUCCCGGGCUUUGGAUGUGGUCACCUCGCUUCGGCGAAGCUGGCGCGAUGACACCACCGCCGGUGACCGUUUCAAACGUGCGCGCUUCAGGUGA